CCAACACUCCACGGUGCUUUUGAAGGCCAAUCAUACACAGUGCCUUUCUGUUACAGGUUCUGUAUCUCUUUUCUUGCCUCAAUUCGCCCUUGCAUUUCCCUCUUUACUCUGUUCUUCAGCUUCAUGGGGUCUCAAUUAUUACUAAAACCUUGCAAAUCAUCACACGCACUUUCUAAUCUAGGGUUUUUAAAUCUUCCUCUUAACCUCACGCUUUCUUCUUUCUGUAUUGGACAAUGCCAAUUCGAAGAGUAGAAUAGCUUGCUGGUCUCUCUGUUGUAUUGUUGUUGUGAAUAUACAUUCUUUUUUCUUUCUUACAUGCAAUGGGUGAUGUUGAAAUUCCCAAUUGGCUAAAAGCCUUGCCAUUGGCUCCUGAAUUUCGCCCAACUGAUACCGAAUUCGCCGACCCAAUUGCUUACAUUUCAAAGAUUGAGAAAGAAGCUAGCGCCUUUGGCAUAUGUAAGAUUAUUCCACCAUUACCGAAGCCUUCAAAAAGAUAUGUCUUCUCGAAUUUGAACAAGUCUCUUUUGAAGAGCCCGGAAUUGGCGUCAGACAUUAAUUCAGUUGGAGUUAGUAAUUGUUUGAAAAUGGUUUCUGGGGAUAGUGGUAAUGAUGGGGAGGCACGGGCUGUGUUUACCACAAGGCAUCAAGAACUGGGGCAGAGUAUUAAAAGAACCAAAGGAACAAUUCAAAUCCCAAUUUCAGGUGUUCAUAAGCAAGUGUGGCAGAGUGGGGAAAUUUAUACACUUGAACAGUUUGAGUCUAAAUCAAAGGCUUUUGCAAGAAGUGUGCUAGGUAUGGUUAAGGAGGUUUCUCCUCUGGUUAUAGAGGCUAUGUUUUGGAAGGCAGCUUCAGAGAAGCCUAUAUAUGUGGAGUAUGCCAAUGACAUGCCUGGGUCUGCUUUUGGAGAAUCCAAGGGUCAAUUUCGUUAUAUUCAUAGGAGGAGAAGGAAAAAGGCUUAUUAUCAAAGGAGUCUAGAUGCCAAGGACUGCCAAGAACCCAAAAUGGAAAGUAUAAGAGAUGCCCAGACUGUUGAAAGUAAGGAUGCUUCUGCCCAUAAUCAUGCUGACACAUGGUCACAGACAUCAAAUUCAACUUCAACUCUGUCAACAUUUUCACCAAAUGAAGUCCUAAAUUCAAUUAGGCAGAAGAGUUCUGAUUCCAGCAAUGAGAUGGAAGGUACUGCUGGUUGGAAGCUUUCAAACAGUCCUUGGAACUUACAAGUUAUUGCACGUUCACAGGGCUCGAUAACUCGUUUCAUGCCGGAUGAUAUUCCUGGUGUUACUUCCCCCAUGGUAUACAUUGGCAUGCUGUUCAGUUGGUUUGCUUGGCAUGUAGAGGAUCAUGAACUUCACAGCAUGAAUUUUCUUCACAUUGGCUCGUCAAAGACCUGGUAUGCUGUUCCUGGAGAUUAUGCCUUUGCUUUUGAGCAACUCGUCCGCACUGAGGCUUAUGGUGGUAAUGUUGACCACUUAGCUGCUCUGACACUAUUGGGGGAGAAGACAACCCUUCUAUCACCGGAGGCAGUUGUUGCAUCUGGGAUCCCUUGUUGCAGGUUGACGCAGAACCCUGGAGAAUUUGUUGUGACCUUUCCAAGGGCUUAUCAUGUAGGAUUCAGCCAUGGUUUUAACUGUGGGGAAGCUGCUAACUUUGGAACUCCACAAUGGCUCGCAGUAGCCAAGGAAGCUGCAGUGCGUAGGGCUGCAAUGAAUUAUCUUCCCAUGCUUUCUCAUCAGCAACUGCUUUACUUACUGACCAUGUCUUUUGUUUCAAGAGUCCCAAGAACAUUAUUGCCAGGUGUCCGAAGUUCCCGUCUAAGAGACCGCCAGAAAGAAGAAAGAGAAUUGUUAGUAAAAAGAUCUUUUAUAGAAGAUAUGCUGCAAGAAAACAAUCUGCUAUCCAUUCUACUUGGAAAGCAAUCAACUUAUCAUGCUGUUUUAUGGAAUGCUGAUUUACUCCCAGAUUCAAGCAAGGAUUCUCAGUUGCCUGACUUGACUUCUACAACUGGAAGCUUUAUGGCAGACAACAUGUCAAAUUUGUUUUCUGCAGAUAAGAGCAACCACAGUUGUCUGUUUGAUGAAAUGAGCUUGUAUUUGGAGAAUCUGACUGAUUUUUAUAUGGGUGAUGACAGUCUUCCAUGUCACUUCCAAACUGAUUCAGGAGCAUUGGCUUGUGUGGGUUGUGGAAUUCUUGGUUUUCCAUUCAUGACUGUGGUACAACCAUCGGAGAGAUCAGCAAUGGAACUUUUGCCGGUCUCAGGGAAUGCUCUCUCUGUUAUUGAUCUAACUUUAACGAAUGAACCAUCAAAACUAUCAUUAAUGAACUGUGACAAGGGUUGGAACACCUCUUGUAAAUUUUUGAGGCCACGAAUUUUCUGCCUGGAGCAUGCUGCUCAGAUUAUUGAGAUGCUGCAGUGUAAAGGUGGAGCUAGCGUGCUUGUCAUUUGCCAUUCAGACUACCAGAAAAUAAAGGCACAUGCCAGGGCAGUAGCAGAGGAGAUAGGCUGCUCUUUUGAUUAUAAUGAAGUUCCGUUAGAUACUGCAUCCCCUGAAGAUUUGACUUUGAUAGAUCUUGCAAUUGACAGUGAAGAACACGAUGAAUGUGAAGAAGACUGGACAGCUAAACUAGGAAUUAACCUGCGGUAUUGUGUCAAUGCAAGAAAGAACUCUCCAUAUAAACAAGCUCCUUUCAAAUUGGCACUAGGAAUGCUGUUCCCUGAGAAAUUUCCUGAUUCAGAUGUCUUAUCUGUAAAUUGGCAAUCAAAGAGAUUUCGCUCCAGAAGAUUGAAGUAUUUAGCUCAGGCAAAAGCAUGUGAUGAGAUUCAGAGAAAGGAGGAUGAUCAGUUGGAAGUAAAGACAGAUGGCUCCACUGCUAAAAAGAUGCUUCAAUAUUCAAGGAGAAAGUUCAGGUCAAAGCAAGGUUGUUUCCCUGGAUCAAACAUGGUCCAUGCACCUCAUAAAGAGUCCAUAAAUAUGCCAGCUUUCUUGAGUGGAGAUUCUGGUAACCAGGUUUCUGAAAAUGAGCCUGGCACCGAGAAUUCUAGGAGUGAUUGUCCAUUGUCAUGUGUCUUGCAACCUGAAAACCAUCUUACUGAAAUGACCACUAGUCUGAGUUUGAAAGCUGCUUCUUCACGACCUUCAAAUUUCAAUCUGGAACCUAUGUCGGUGGAUGAAAAUACUGGACCAGAGGUCCAUAAUCAAACUACAGAGGAAUUGAUAAUAGAUGGCAAAAGUAGUUGCACAACACCUGAUCAUUCUAAGGUGCCCUGCAAGAUGGGCUCCUCAGAAAUCGGUAGUAAGGACCAUGAGAUUUCUGAUGACAAGAUAAAUUCUAGCUCACUUACUGUUGCUAAAGACAAAAACAUUGACAUGCGAACUGAGGACCUUGUCACAGAAGCAAUUAACACCAGUUAUAGCAAUAGCCUAUAUGUCUGUGAAGUACAUCAAGAAUUUGAUUCUACCGACAAGAGUAACAAGGUGGAAGCUACUUCAUCUCCUGUUUCAUCAGUAACUGAGCAGACACAGGCCAUCGUGGAAGAAAAUUCUGAUAGUGCUAGAAAGAGUCAUAGCACUGAAAGCAUGAGCUUUGGUGCAUCCUUGAAAGAGACAGUGGAAACUUCUAAUUUGAAUGCAAGCAACAAAGAACUUACUGUAAAUUGUGAUAAAUCAAUAAAUGAGCAGACUUCUAACAUUGAUGCUCAUGAAGUUCCAAAAGAGCUUUGUGCCCCUGCAGACUCCAGCCCUCAGUUUAUUUCAGAUGUGAGAAAAGAACUGGAAAUCCAGCCAAGCAGCAUGAAUGAUGAGGAAAUCUGCUCUGGUACUGGUGCCCACCCAUCAUUAAAGGACUCUUCUGUGUCAAUCCAGGAGUGUUCUGCAAGUGAGGGAGAGAAAUGUGCCAAAGACAACUUAAAUGAAAGCAAAGUUCAUUUUUCACAGGACUAUGGGGAGCUUACAAGCUCUGAAAGUACGCCAGGUCUUUGGUCAAAUACCCAAAAGAAAAGAAACAGGGAAUUGGAACAGAUACAAGAGGACAAUAUAAACUUCCAUGGCUUUGUCAGAAGUCCAUGUGAAGGGUUGAGACCGAGGGCUAGUAAGGUAGCUUCUUGUGGAAGCAUGGCUGAAACUAGCAAUUCUAUGGGGGAAAAUCCAGAGUUUAAGAGGGCUAGGAAAUCAUCAGAUGUUGUGGUGUCUAGCAAGAAUAAGGGUUCUGUUAAGAGGUCUCACAAGUGUGACCUUGAUGGUUGCCAUAUGAGUUUCGCAACCAAGGCAGAGUUAAUGUUACACAAGCGCAACCGCUGCCCUCAUGAUGGGUGUGGAAAGAAGUUCAGAUCGCACAAAUAUGCUGUGCUUCACCAGCGUGUCCAUGAUGAUGAUAGGCCCCUCAAGUGCCCAUGGGAAGGUUGCUCAAUGUCAUUCAAGUGGGCAUGGGCCAGGACCGAGCAUAUACGGGUGCAUACUGGGGAAAAGCCAUACCACUGCAAGGUUGAGGGGUGUGGCCUUUCUUUCAGAUUUGUUUCUGAUUUCAGUAGGCACAGGCGGAAAACUGGGCACUAUGUAAAGUCACUCAAUUGAGAUAAGACAUUCAUGUGUCAUUAAACUGUUUUGUAUCAAUAUGCACAUACGCAUCUAGUCUCAGGACGUCAUGUCUGACCUGAUAUCUUCUGGUUAGGUGUAAAGUUAGGAAUAGAAUGGUUUUGUAGGUUAUUAUAAUCCAAUGUAUCUGAAGGUGGUGGAAGUGUAAUUCAGAGAAAUUUUGAUCUUUCUGGAUUAUUAGACAGCAGAUUUAGUAGCAGCGGCAGCAUCAAGCUCUUGGCAAGGGUGGAAAUCAUAUUGGUGGUUGGUCAUAUUGCUGGCCUCCAUUUGGGAAGUUGCCUGUAAUCAUGGAUCUUUUGGUGCCCUGGAUAGUUCAUUGUGCAUGUAGAGUACUUGAAAUUGAGUUUAUUUUAUUUGUCCAUUAGGAAGACCAAGAAGGGGGAAAAAACUCGAGCCGAAAGCAGGACAUAUGCUCAAUGAUUGAAUUUGCUUUCUUUCACUUCUCUCAGCGUCUCUUUGAAUUAAGUUCAGUCAGUCCUAGCACGUUACUAAAAUGCAUUGAGUGCAAAUCUUUUAACUGUUAAUUUCUGUCCAGUUUUUGGUCAAGACCAGAGUUUCAAGUGAUGUAUGACUGAUGAGGUUUAAAUAAUUAUUACUGUUCGAUCUCUUAGUCUGAAAA